UGACCAUCCUGGCCAAGGUGGGGCGCAAAACGAGCGAUUCUCUUCUCAGGACUGAUCUCGAGCAAUUCAUCUAUUUGACAAAGAACGACACAUGCUGCAAAGUGGUUCAUUCCAUCCGCAGCAGCAAGGUUUUCUUCAUCCUGUAUUCAAGCAGAAAUUAGAAAGAAGAUUUCAGCACAAAUAUUACCGCCACAUGCUCACCUCCCCAACUCCAUCAUCGAGCCACGCACGAUCACCCCAGAGCCCGGUCGCACCACCCUCCCUCCUCUCCGACUCGUCACCAAAGGUUCUGGCAAAUACUGCAGCAUCUUGUACCGUGUCGGUCAAUGCAGUUAUCACUUGACAUCCUUCCCGUUUAUUCUCGCAUGCCUCCGCCAGGGAAACAUCCCUACGAAAUUUUCUUAAGACUGCUCACUGAUGGUAUUUAUGAGCACGUCGACUUAUGGCAGCGCGAGUAAGUUUGAGAACAU